CCUGACCUCCCGCCCCCGUUCAAGCCUCUGUCGGUCUAUGUGACGAAAGAGGUUGCACUGAGCGCGCGGGACGUCGCUCCGUUUACCCUGCUCCCCCGCAUGCUCAUCCCUGUGCCUUCGGCGCUGUGGAAGCCGCCGCUCAUGCAUUACGGCUGGCCUGCUCCUAGGCAGCGCCUUCUGGAGUACGCAGAGAGGCACGGUUUGAUCAAGCUGAUGAGCAGACGUAACCCAAAGGAUCCUGACGAGUCCGACUCGGAAAGCGACUUCUCCACGGAUGAUGAGAUUGAGGACGACGAAGAUGAACCGGCAAGUAACAGCUCUCAGGCUGGCGAGUCCCAGCACUCGCCUGAUGGUAGCGGCACGGUCAUCCUCGCAAUGACCACCAGGGCUCGUAAGCCGUGUCCGCCAGUCCCCCCGCCAGACGCCCCCCCAGACAAAGCGGAGUCGGCUGUCGACCAGAUAUCGACCAUGUUCGCCGCUCUGAUACAUAUCUAUAAGCUGCUCAACGAAAACCCUGGCACGCAGUUUGGUCUGCCGCUCUUGCAGAUAACCCCCACACUGCAGGAUGGCGAGGGCGAGUGCCAGAUCGUGUCGCUCUACACGAACUACAACUUCCUUCGCAAGGACCUCCCACUCCCCGAACACAUCGAGGCAUUUGGAGAAGCUUUCGGCGUCGAGACGCCGCCGAGGUGGUUCCUCGACGAGGAACAGCAUGAAUGGUGGUCGGUGAACUACCCGAGGCGACGGUAGUAGUCACGUGCGUGGUUGGCUAUGGUUCACGG